AUGGCACAAUUUUGCCAACAUUGUGGGACAAGAUUAGCCGAAAACAAUGCAAGAUUUUGUCAUAAUUGUGGGACCCAAGUUCCCGGUAAGCUGAAUUUAUGAAUUACAUAUAUGUUCAUUGUGAAGUGUAACUUUAAGCUUUCUAGAAACAUUUUCAUUUAGUAUAAUUUUAAUUUAAUUCAACAUAUAAAUUAAUCAAAUAUGCACAUAUGGGGGGGAGGGCAAGGGUAUUUCUGUGACUCGUGGUUAGCAAUUAUUCGUGAUUUAAAGAAAUACCAUUCCGUGAAUCGUGAUUAAUAUGUGUGCCGUGAAUCGCGAAGAGCUAAAAUGCUAGCUAGGGUCUUGAAUUUACCAAUAUUUUACCCUAACAUGUGAGAGUUUACGUUUAAAACUCGGCCCAUGCAAAUUUAAUAUUAUGGUAGAAAAACGGAAUACAUUUGCUUCCCACGGUUGCGGUCUUUCUUGAGGUUUCUUCGUUUCAUUGUAAAUGUCAUCGUAUACCUUCGCACCUCUUCGUACACUUUGUUAACCACCGUAAUGUUUGAGUAAUGUUAAAGUCAGUAAAAAUGUGUUUGUGUUAACAUCGAUUUCUGCUGUCUAGAAAAUUGUUAAAUGGUUUCAGACUUUGUUACGCUUCUGUGUUUCUAAAAAUCGUGAAAAUGAAAUUUUGUUUUUCGUGACUUGCGAAAUUAAAAAAAUGAUCUUCGUGAUUUCAUGACGAGACCCCCCGGGGCCCUUGCCCCCCCCCCCACAUAUAUUGGGCUUAUUUAAUAAAUGGCUAUACAAAUUUUAAUUGCCCCUCCAGUUGAAGAACCCCUUUCUCGCUCCCCUCCCCAUGGAAUUUCCAAAGAACUGAAGCACAUUUUCUUUUGAAAUUUCAACAUGAAAUUAAUGCAUAAGUAACCAUCCCCCCCCCCCCCGUAAUUUGCCUGAUAGACAGUUCACAGAGGUCGGGAAUUUGCCUUUCAUCUACGUGCACAGGGGCCGGGUAUUGUUAUAGCAGCUAAGGACCGCAGGAAUUUGACAAAUGCUGCCCAGAAUCCCACCCGCAAAUUUUAAGGCAGCAAAACCUAGUUUCAGGCACGCUGAUCGAAUUUUGCACCCUUGUGGUCAAGGUGGCCUGAAAUUUAUUGUCAGAAUAAGUGAAAAUUAUAACCUGUGCCAUGCAAAUUUAAACUAUUAAAGGUUUAUGAUUUCAUUGUUUAAACACUUUUAAUCACCCUUAGCAAUAACUAUAUUGUUAUUAAAUGACUAUGCUAUUAUAUGCCAUUAAAAGUUUAAUUAAUGUUUAAAAUCAUCCCGGGGUGGGGCAUUUCCACUCUCAGCUUGCCCAAGGGCUUUGCAUUAGUCUUCAAGUUGUGUCCCUGCAUCUGGGCAUUUACACUAUCAUAACCAAUCAAAUCAAAUGCCCGGGUGUGUUGUGGGUAGAGAUGGUUACUCCUUGAAUUGACUCAUGCAUAACCUUUCCAAUAAAAUUAAUAUAAGACCCCCCUGGAAUUGCACAAAUUCAUGCACGUACUGGCCCUCUAGAAUUGCAUGCUAUUCCCUCUGGAAAUAUUGCAUGAUAUCUCUCAUGAAGAUUCAACAAAAAUUUAAGUUUUCCUAAGACCCUCCCAAUGGAAGUUCCAAAAGGAUUUUGAGCUGCCACCCCUUGGAAUUCAAAGGUUCCUGCACAUGGGGGGGGGUGAUUAAAUUGGAAUAGCCCAUUUAUGCAGCCCAAUGGAAUAGCCCAUUUAUGCAGUGGCUAUGCACUAAAACUUUCAGAAUCUCAUUAUUGUAAAGUAAAUUAAUCAUAUUUCUGUCAUUUUCUACAAGGUAAGAUAUAUUUCAUGGAUUUCUUAUAAUUCAACGGGGUCUGGAAAGUAGAUCAUGGCAUAAAAUAUUAUAUAUUAUAGGUGCACGCAUAUAAUGUGCUCGCCGUUUUGUCUUUUAUGUAUGUCAAUCCAUUGGAGAAGUCCCCCCCCCCCCCAACAAGCUACAGACAAUAGUACUUUUACUUCAAGUAUUUUUUAAGGAUACUUUGUACUUUUUACUUAUUUUAAGUACAUUUUGCUUCUUACGCAAGUCGUUUUAUUAAUUACUUUUACUUUUACUCAAGUACAAAUUCAAAGUAAUUUAGGCACCACUGCAUGCGACGCAAAAUGUAAUUAAAAUGCACAUAUUCCUGAUUUGUAGGGGAAUUAACUGAUUCAUGUGAUCAGGAAAGAAGCAUAAUUGAAUACUAUUUUCAUUUGGGAUACAAAUAUGAGGACAUUGUCAAUCUUCUGGAGAUUUAUCAUGGUAUUUCUAUUUGUAUACGCACACUAAUAAGGAGACUUGCAAAAUAUAACCUGAAGAAGAAGAAUAACAUGGUUGAACCUGAAAAUUUACAAGAUAUCAUACAAAGAGAAAUGCAAGGGUCUGGUGAACUGUCUGGGUACAGAAAGAUCUGGCAUAUUCUCCAUAUAAAUCACCACCUGCACGUACCGAGAAAGUUGGUUGCCCAAAUUGUACACGACAUAGAUCCAGAAGCUAAUAGAGCAUGCAAAGGAAAUAGAUUGAGGCGAAGAACAUACAGGUCAUAUGGGCCAAAUCAUUGCUGGCACAUUGACAGUAUGUUUCAUAGUGUACAUUUAUAAAUGAUGAGUUGGUGUUACUUGUUCACUUGGGUAAUUAUAUUACAUGUGGAAACGUGCUCUCAAGUGAUAGCACUAUGUAUCUAUAGGCGUAACGCACCAACAAAAGUACUAAGCAGUAUUUUUGCUUGCACACAAUGGUUACACACAAUUUGAAAACACUUUUCCACAUUUAUUACAGUUGCAUGUAAAUGUAUACUUGGUAAUAUUUAUUUUAAAAUAGGAGUUAUAUUUUGUAUAUUAUUUUUUGUUGUUCUUAUUGAAUUGAUCAUGAAUAAUUUUUCAUAAUAAUUAAAGGCUUUAUGCAACAAAUAUUUUUCGAUGGUGAGAUUUUUGCAUUAUGUUAUAGAGUUCUUUGCACUGGUUCAAAAGAUGCAAACCGUUUUCCUAAGCUCCAAGUAGUUUUAUUUUUAUAAGCCUUCAAAGUCACGAAUUUUGCCACUUUCUUUGCGAAAAAAAGUGACCUUUGGUGAUCGGUGGUGUGACGUCACAGUAAGGAGUUGUCAAUUUCAUGCUGCAAUAUGGUGACUACUUCAGGAAGCGCUGUGGCCAAGGCUUCUCGAUAUUAUGGCUGAUCUUGCAUUGCUGGUACACACAACGGUGCCAGUUGUACUAAUACGCAGUAUACUGCGGGUGUUUCUAUGCAUUGUUUUCCUGACAAAGACAAAGCAGCAUCGAGAAUGGUUUCAUUUUGUUCCGUGACACCGGCCCGGCUUUGUUCCUUUGAAACAUUCACCUCUGUGUUCUAUUAAUUUCGAAGACAGUUGUUACGUUACUCGGAGAGACAUAACAAAAGAUUUAGGAAUUAGAGUGGUGCUUAAACCAGACGCUGUUCCAACAAUCGAUGCAGCAAUAGAAGCCGAGGAAAGAACGGCAACGAUCAGAGAACGUAAACAGGUAUAAAAUAGAAUGACGCCAUAUUUUUGUAUCUUGUUUAAAUAUUAUAUAUAUAUAUAUAUAUAUAUAUAUGUCAUGUUUGUCUGGCAUUUCGUUUGUCGCCGCAAUGAUGUUUUCUGCUACGAAUAAAGGCGUGUUUAUAAUUUCUCAAUAUUUCAGGUGAUAAGAUCUCUUGUUCAAGAAGAAACAUCCAGUGCUGCGACUUCUCAAGCCAAGUCAGAAGCUGUCGAAGUUGAAGGUGAAGCCGCACAAGAGGUGCACGAACACGUAGCGUCAAAACCACAAGAAACAGUAGAAAGUCCAGUUGAAGAAAAGGAAGAACAAAUCAAGUCGUUAAAAAAGAAAAUCCACUCCAUGCAGAAAGAAAAUUGGGCUCUCAGAAAACAAAAAAGAUCACUGCAGACUGCAUUAAUAAAGUUAGUCUUCCUUGCCAGUGUAAAAACUAUUGCGACUAUAAAUUUGAAUGAAAUGAAACCUGAACCCCCCCUAUUGAGGGGUCCCUUCAUAACCCCCUUAAGGAUAUAAAAACUGGGAUCCCCCUUGGAUGCAAUUUGUGGAAGUUACCCCUGAGGAUAUCUUACUAACACUUUUAGGAUAUCGCUUUUUCCCUCUUGGAUAUCAGCAAAACACCUAAUUUUUCCCAUUUUUAAAAAAAUCUCUCGAGCUACCCUGUAGGAUAAUUUAAGAUGAAGACACCCUCCUCCCCAUUCUGCGAUUCCCAAGUUCGUUGCGAACUUCCCAAUUACGUUACCAAGUUCGGAAAUUGUGUGCAAACUUUGCAACAAAGUUCGCAAGUUCAUUUCAGUGUUUUUGAACUUUGUUUUUUAUUAAUAAUUUGUUCAUGACUGUACAGAGCAAUGCACUGUACAUGUUUAUUUUUUGUUAUUCAAUUAUUCACUCCACUUUAGGAGUCUCAAGGAUGAUUUAACGAAAAUCAGAACAUUAGUGCGGACCCUACAUGAACAGAAACAGUACAUUAAGGAAUAGUGGAUUUUCAGACGGAAUAGCAAAUAUAAAAAUCUACUAUUCUGGCUGUAUAGUACAAAAAAAUUUAAAUUUCGACCCCUGCUUACACAACAGAACGUACCAGAGGAUUGACCUUCCUAGAGUCACACAACUAUAACUAAGGGGCCGAUUACAUGGAGGUUUUCACACAUAGAUAAAUGCAACUAGUUAUUCAAAAUCAGUGUAAGGGGCCUGGCGUCUCAUCAUGUACUAUCUGUAUGCAAAAUUUCAUUUGAUUUGAGUCAAUAAGAACUGAGCUAUGCUUCAGUUUACUAUUCAAUAAACAUACUUACCCAACCAAUGACGUCACACGUUGUGCUGAAUCGGCAAUUUAUAUUUUGGACAAUUUUGCGUAUAACUUCGGAACCAGAUGAGAAAGAAUAGAGCAGUAAACGGCCAAUCGGCUUAUUUUUCAUGCUCUUUCAGAUAAAGCAAUAAAAAUUUUUAUUGCCAAUACCCUGUAAGUGCGACAAAUGUAAUUCCCAAAUGCUAUUUGUUUUCUUUGUCUGUUAGAAGUUCAUCAGAUUAUAAUGAUGAUGAGAGUGAUGGUGAUGAAGAGGAAAACCUUACCAAUAUUGAUGAUGCUGUCCUUAGUCAUGGACCACAUCUGAAGCUGAGCUGGGGGGAUGAAUUGUAUGAAAUUGAGCGCAAAUUUAAAAUUGUCAACGAACAGAAAUUUAUCUGCUCUCUUGAUUCGCUCAUUUCUGUGUUCCAGAGUCCGCUGUCAGACAUGCGGUUGUUGUAAAGUCCCUAAGAUCACUCAUCAUUUCGUUGGCACAACUGUCGUUAUUAACUGCUCUUGUUCGUCAGGUCACAAGUUCAGGUUUUGUUCAUCACAUGAAGUAAAUGGUAUUUAUGCAAACAACCUCCUGGCAGCAGCUUCCAUCUUGUUGUCUGGAAACAAUUAUGGCAAAGUGAAACGUAUGGCAAAUUUCUAUGGUCUGAGCAAGUCAAGCUAUCACCGCUUCCGAUCUAUUGUACCUUAUUCCCGAAAUAAAUGAGUGGUGGUCCCGAAUGAGAGAGGAAAUUCUUGGUGAAUUUUCAGGAAAGGAAAUUGUUAUUGGUGGUGAUGGUCAAUGUGACUCACCAGGUUUCAAUGCCAAGAAUAUUUGCUACUUCCUUGUAGAAGUAAAUACAAAUUAUAUAAUUGGCAUUGAAAUCCUGGAUAAGAGGCAUGUUGGCCUCAUCUCCACCAAUAUGGAAAAAGAAGCUGUGAAAAGGGGAUUAAAUGAUGUGAAGAUCUCUGAAUUGGUAACAGAUGCUUCCACUUCUGUAAAAACACUACUUGGUUAG